AGCUAGCGCUGUUCGUCGCCAUUCCUCUAUCUCCCUUGAGCCUAAACAUGGCCGCUGCCGAUCUCAAGCUCGCUGCCUGCUUGUGCCUCCUCGCCGUGGCAUCGCUCCCGAUGCUCGCCAUCGCCGAGUGCGAGUGCACGGCCUCCGGCGAUGAGGACAGCGACAAGGGGAGGGCGCUCACGCUCAAGAUAAUCGCCAUCUUCUCCAUCCUAGUCGCCAGCUCCGUGGGCUGUGCGAUCCCCUCGCUCGGGCGGAGGUUCCCCGCUCUCCGCCCGGAAUCCGACCUCUUCAUCGCCGUGAAGGCCUUCGCCGCCGGCGUUAUUCUCGCCACGGCCUUCGUGCACAUCCUCCCGGACGCCUUCGAGAAGCUCGGCUCGCCGUGCCUCGUCGACGGGCCCUGGCAGAAGUUCCCGUUCGCGGGCCUCGUCGCCAUGCUUGCCGCCAUCGCCACUCUGGUCGUCGACACCAUCGCCACGGGCUACUUCCAGCGCGCGCACGCCAAGAGCACUGCGGCCGUCGGAGACCUGGAGACUCCAGACCACGCGCACCAUGGCCAUGGCCACAGCCACGGGAUGCCUGCCUUGAUCGCGUCGUCGUCAUCGACUUCGAACACCGACGAGGGCGCGAAGCUGAUCAUACGCCACCGCGUCAUUUCACAGGUGCUGGAGCUGGGGAUCAUUGUGCAUUCGGUGAUCAUCGGAAUGUCUUUAGGUGCAUCUGAGAGUCCCAGCACGAUCAGACCGCUCUUGGCUGCGUUAACAUUUCAUCAGUUCUUCGAAGGGAUAGGGCUUGGAGGAUGCAUUGUGCAGGCCAGAUUCCGCCUCAGGUCUGUCGUGACAAUGGCGCUCUUCUUCUCGCUCACCACGCCUGUUGGAGUAGCGAUCGGCAUCGGCAUCUCUUCGGCUUACAACGAGAACAGCCCCAGUGCCCUGAUCACCGAAGGGGUCCUCACCGCGGCCGCCGCUGGUAUCCUGAACUACAUGGCCCUCGUCGACCUUCUUGCCGAAGACUUCAUGAACCCUAGGGUGCAGAACAAUUGGAAGCUGCAGGUCAUCCUCAGUGUCGCGUUGCUGCUUGGGACGGCGCUGAUGUCCAUGCUAGCCAUCUGGGCGUGAACACUCGUGAGCGGCGGCAGAAUAGAGGGACGAGAGAGUCGUCGGCUCGCUUCCCUCUUGAUAUUCUUCUUGUGGGUAAAUAUUUACUGCUUCACGAUUUCUCACUUGCGUUGUUUAUUUCAUUCUUUCUUGAAAGGUUGAUUUGUAUUGUUUGUAAAAUAUGAAGUACAUAUAUAUAAAUUGUACGUAAUAAAAGCUCUGGGCUGAACCAUAACAACGAACCCAGUUUGUUCA